GUCUGUCAGCCAGGGUUCAGGAUGGUUUCUAAUAAUGGUGGGCCAUCUGUUACUUGUGAAAAAUGCCCAGAAAACAUGAGUGGAGUUACUAAAGAUGGGUGGAAUUGUAUUACUUGUCCAAAAGGCCUAACUCCAGAAGGAAAAUGCAGAUGCCUUGAUAAUGAAAUACUAGUGGAAAGAAGUAUAGAUGGCAUUUUGCUAAAUGAAGCCUUAUGURUACAGUGUAAUGGAAGUGACCAUUCAUUCUCUGCUUCAGAUGCCCUAGGAAAUAGGUGUAUAAGAUGUGAACAAACAUUCAUCAAUGCAAGCAAGUCUUGUGACUGCAGCAGCCCUAAUAUUUUAACUGGRGGAUUAUGUUUCAGUGCUAGUGAAAACUUGCCCCCAAAGGGAAUUGCAACUGUUCGUUUCGGACAGAUAGGUAUAACACUGAUAUCAGCAUGGUUUCUGAAAAACCUACAAGCCUCAGCCUCUGCCUGUUGGCUGUACUCCAAUCUAACAGCGUGCCAAGCUCUUGGAAAUAUGUGUGUGAUGAAUAUGAACUCAUUAACUUCCUCAAAUACUGAUGCCUGUGGUUUGUUUCAGUAUAUUUAUGCCAACACGGCAAGGCUAGGCAUUGUUCAUUCAAUAUCCUUCUGGAGACAUAAUCUGCCAUGGCUUUAUUACGGUGACCAGCCAGGAUUAGCAUCUCAGGUGCUCGAGACACAUUUUCCUACACGCUUCAGUUUUAAAGGAGCAAAUAAGGAUAUAAAACUGCAAUUUAUUGCAGCCUCCUUUGAUGCAGAAGGAAACUUUCUUAAGUGGCAGAGUUUGGAAGGAGGAGUCUUACAGCUUUGUCCUGAUACCCAAACUAAACUGAAUGCAGCCUAUGUGUUCGGAACAACUUAUGAACAAAAUUGCAAAAUUCCAAUUUCAAAGAUUUUAGUGGAUUUUGCUAACCCAGUCUUUUAUGACACAUUCCUUCAAUAUAAUGAUGAUGAGGGAAAGCAGUAUCUUUGGGAUGUGCCAGUUUUAAACUUGAAUCUUCAAUACAAUGAAAUGUUUGUGAAUCAAGGCAGCAAUAUGAACAACUGGCUUUUGACGCGUCGACUUUUUCUGGUGGAUGCACUAAGUGGAAAGGAUAAUGACUUGGGAAAAUUGCCAAGAAUAAUUCGAAUUGCUAGCAAAAUAACAAUAAGUGUUCGUCUGGCAACACCUACUCAGAAGGGAACUAUCUACCCACCACUAAUUACAGUUGCUUACACGGAUGUGCUUAUCCAAAACCCUGACACCCAGAGUGUGACGGUUUCCUUCUCGGUCAUUUAUGAGAUGAAUCAGUCAGAGGCUCAGAUUCAGACUGAUAUCGCACUGGGUGUGUUGGGGGGACUUGCAGUUUUGUGGUCCCUGCUCAAGACUGCAGGCUGGAAGAGGCGAACGGGAAGCUCCAUGAUUGACUUGCAGACAGUUUUGAAGUUCUUACUGUUCUAUGCUGGAGACCUUGCCAAUGUUUUCUUUGUCAUCACAGUGGGUACAGGAAUUUAUUGGCUUCUAUUCUUCAAAGCUCAGCAAUUUGUCUCUGUCUUUUUACCACUUCCAUCUCAAGAAGAAGAUUUUGUUACAUACGUGGGAUGUGCUUUUAGUCUGAAGGCAUUGCAAUUAUUACAUAAAUUGGUUUCACAACUUACUGUAGAUGUUUUCUUUAUUGACUGGGAACGACCCAAGGGGAAAGUUCUUAAAGCAGUUGAAGGUGAAGGUGUUGUAAAAAGUGCAGCUGCACCUGUGAGUAUAUGGAGGACAUAUUUUAUAGCAAACGAAUGGAAUGAAAUUCAGACAGUGAGGAAGAUAAAUCCCCUCUUUCAAGUGCUUGCAGUUGUUUUUUUUUUGGAGGUGGUGGGAUUUUCCAACCUGGCUUUAAUGGAUUCCUCCUCCAGCCUGACACGGAGCAGCGCGGGUUACGUGGCUCCCUGGAGCCGCGUGCUGAGGUUCGGCGUCUCGGCGGCGCUCUGGCUGGCCAUUGCCUUCCUCCAGAUUAUAUAUUUUGCCGUGUUUUAUGAAAGAUUUGUGGAAGAUAAGAUUACACAAUUCAUUGAUUUGUGCUGCAUGAGCAAUAUUUCAGUGUUUCUCCUGUCACACAGCUGCUUUGGUUAUUAUAUCCAUGGCCGCUCUGUGCAUGGACAUGCGGAUACCAAUAUGGAAGAAAUGAGUAUGAAUCUAAAGAGAGAAGCAGAGAAUCUGUGUAGUCAGAGGGGUUUGAUACCAAAUACAGAUGUCCAGACAUUUCAGAUUUCCAUUUCAAGGAAAAUGAGACUGCAGUAUGACAGGAUUCAUGAAACCCUAACAAGGAGACGUGGUCCUGCUAGACUGUUGGACUCAUCUGCAAAUACUUUUGAACAAAAUAUCAAGGCAUACAACACCAUGAACAAAUUUCUUGGUUCAUUUAUUGAUCACGUUCAUAAAGAAAUGGAUUAUAUUGUAAAAGAUAAGUUGCUGCUUGAACAAGUUCUUGGCAUGGAGUUCAUGGAACCAAUAGAGAAAAGUAUCUUCUACAAUGAUGAGAGACACUCUUUCACUGAUGUUCUCUAUUAUGGCAACGAGACGACACUGCUCAUCUUUGAUAUCCUGUUUUUCUCUGUUGUGGAUCUGGCUUCCCAAAGUUUUGUUUUAGCAGCUAUUCUCACAUACUUGCAACAGGAGAUAUUUAGGUUUAUUCGUAAUACAUUUGGACAGAAGAAUUUGGCAUCCAAAACCUUGGUGGAUGAAAGAUUUCUCAUUUAAUUGAUUAAGAAUCACAGAAUCACAGAAUGUUCAAGGUUGGAAGAAGAGGAGGAGCUAAUCAUGSAAGUCAUAUCCAGGAGCAAAGCACCUCUGAUCUACAGGUUUACUGUAGUACACUUUUGAAUAGUAGUGUGAUGAUUUU